CCCCCCUCCUCCCUCUCCGUGCGCGCUGGUCCUCCUCUGCGCGCUCUGUGGAUCGCCUUGGACAAACUGCGGCGGAGCGCUGGAUCACCGAAAAGUGUGCCGAAUCGGUGUAGGGUCCUAUAAGUAUUGGGAUUGGGGUCGGAGUGUUUCGAAAUAUAUUUUUUGUGGGUAUUGUGUUGUUUUUUGACUUAUUAGUAGUUUUUUUCGCCGUUUAAACAUGGAGACGUUGAGAGGUCUCCUUGCGCUGCUCUGCGUUUUCCUGGCCGGAGCGCAGACAACGACCCAAAAAGACAGGUUUGCGGAUUGUCCGGUUGACCUUUUCUUCGUGCUGGAUACAUCCGAGAGUGUCGCCCUCAGACAGACACCUCCCAACCGUUAUAUUGACCAGAUCAAACUCUUCACCAACACCUUUAUAGAUGAACUCAAGGAAAUGCGCCACCGAUGUGACCGCAUCCUGACGUGGAACUCAGGAGCGCUGCAUUACAGUGACGAUGUCAAACUGGUGCGAGCACUGAGUGAUUUGAGGACUCAGCGCGAGGAACUGAAGGCCGCCGUCAACGGCAUCGACUACAUCGGCAAGGGCACUUACACUGACUGUGCCAUCAAGCAGGGCCUGGCUGAGCUGCUCAUUGGGGGCUCCAACUACCAUGAAAACAAGUACAUCGUGGUAGUGACCGAUGGCCAUCCCCUUACUGGUUACAAAGAGCCAUGUGGAGGCGUACAGGAGGCCGCUAAUGAAGCCAAGCAGCAUGGCGUCAAAGUGUUCGCUGUUGCCAUCUCACCUGACCAGGAGGACACCAGGCUGUCAGUCAUCGCCACAGAUGAAAACUACAGACAGAACUUCACUGCUGCUGACAACUCCAUGGCCAAAAAGAUGACAACCAUUCGCACCAUCAUCGAUAUGAUCACAAACCAGACAAAGGAUACGUGUUGCUCUUUCGACUGCAAUGCUCCAGGAGGGCCCAAAGGAUCUAACGGAGGCGGUGGCGCUAAGGGAGAAUCAGGCAGACCAGGGAUGCCAGGAGAGAAGGGAGAUAUUGGCGCCACGGGCAGCGUUGGAGAUCCUGGUCCCAUUGGUUACAGUGGAAUGAAGGGAGACCGUGGUGGCCGAGGAGAAAAGGGUGGAAGAGGACACAAAGGCUUCAAGGGGGACAAAGGUCUAAUAGGGAAUGACGGAAUCGAUGGACGCAAGGGUGAGGCUGGUUUCGCUGGUCUUCCCGGCUGUAAAGGAUCUCCCGGAUCAGAUGGCAUGCAAGGAGAGUCGGGACCAAAGGGAGACUCCGGUCCUUAUGGGCUGAAAGGAGGAAAAGGAGAUGCUGGAGGAGAUGGCGAAUCAGGAAGGCCUGGAAACUACGGCCCUCUGGGACCUAAGGGUGAUCGCGGCCCUGGCGGAAACGAUGGGGACAAAGGAGAGCGCGGCGAUGAUGGCCCACCGGGACAGGAUGGCCGUGGCGGCGAGGGCGGACCAUUGGGAGAGAAAGGCGAGCAAGGUUCCCGUGGAAACAGAGGGCCGAGAGGAGACCUGGGGGAGCCCGGACCCCGUGGAGACCAGGGGAGGGAGGGCUCAGCUGGCCCCAACGGAGACCCUGGCGAGUCUGGCAAGGCCGGGUCUCUUGGCUACAGAGGAGAUGAAGGCACACCUGGACCAGAAGGACCCAAAGGACCGAGAGGAAUCAAAGGAGGUCCGGGAGACAGAGGCCAGAUCGGGGAGAGGGGAGAAGAUGGUUUGCCAGGAAAUGGUACUGCAGGUUGUCCUGGUUUCCAGGGUUAUCCUGGGCCACGUGGAGAUGCUGGUGAGCCGGGUGGUAAGGGAACCCUUGGACCCAAAGGAGAUGACGGAGAUGCCGGAGAUCCAGGCCCCGAUAACAACAAGCCAGGAGCUGACGGAUCUAAAGGGGCCAAAGGUCACAGAGGACCCGAGGGCAAUCCGGGACCUAUUGGGCCUUCUGGACCACCAGGAACUGAUGAAUGUGAAAUUCUGGAUAUCAUCAUGAAGCUCUGCUCUUGUUGUGAGUGUAAGUGUGCAGCGAUGGACCUGGCCUUCAUCGUGGACAGCUCAGAGAGUAUCGGGUCCACCAACUUUGCGCUCUCCAAAGACUUUAUCAUCACAGUCAUAGACAGGCUGAUCAAAGACCAGCAACUCAAGUUUGCAGGUAAUGAGUCAGGUUUGAGUGUGGUCCAGUACAGUGGAUCACAAGCCCAAGAAGUUAUCCGACUGAGCGGCAGCCUUGGCCUCACCGCAUUUAAACAGAAAGUGAGAGAGCUGACGUGGCUGGCUGAGGCCACGUACACAGGCGAGGCCCUUGAUUAUGCUCUGAAGAACUCAAUCAAACUUAUGACGCAUGAGAACAAAGUCAUCAUCGUUCUCACAGACGGACGUUCUGACAUUUCGAGGGACAAGAUUCCCCUCAACGUGCUCUGUGGUCAAGGCCUCAGGGUGGGUGGAUUAGGCGUGAAGGAUUACUCAGGCCGUGAGCCAAACAAGGAGCAGCUUGGGGAAUUGGUUUGUAAGAGCGACCCCAAACCAGGCUUUCAGUUUGUCUUGGACAACUACGCAGAACUGCUGGAUGACACUUUCCUUCAGAACCUCACAACCAAUAUCUGUGCAGAAAAGAAGUGCCCCGACUACAAAUGUCCCAUCUCUUUCUCUGAAAGUGCCGAUAUCUUGGUGAUGAUGGAUAGCUCGGCCAGCGUGGGCCUGAAGAACUUCGAGACAAGCAAGACCUUUGUUAGUCGCUUGGCUGAGCGUUUCCUGAGUGGCGAGAGGAAGAGAGGUGCCACUGUCAGAGUGGGCGCAGGCCAGUACAGCAGGAGCGCCCGCAUAGAGCAGGCACUAACUACCAAUCUGACCCUGCUGUCCGAUAAAAUUAAGCAGGCGGACUUCCAGAAUGAUGGCACCAACGUGUUAUUGGCCAUGGAAUUUGCCAUGAAGAGUUUGCAAGGCCGCGGGGACGCAUCAGGAGGCAGGAGGAAGCUGGUGCUGUUCUCCGAUGGCAGGUCUCAAGCCAUCACCGAGGCCCUGCUGGAGAAGCGUGCUCGUGAGGUGUCGGACGCCGGGGUCGAGCUCUUCGUCAUCACCGUCGGCACCCAAGUCAAUGAGGCCAACCUGCGCACACUGGUGAGCAGAGGGCGGCCAGACGACAUCAGCUACGCCCAGCGGCAUCUCUUCCGUGUCCCAGACUACGCUUCUCUGCUCCAUGGGGUCUUCCACCAAACCGUCUCCCGCAGGGUGUCCAUGCCUUGAGUGCAGGGCUCUGUACAACAGGACCAACACGCUUUAGUUUUUUAGUCCCAAUAUGAAUAUUCAGUCUCACUCAUUUACCAUACACUGUGUUCGAGUAUGUCACAAAUGACAAAUGAUUGUGUGGCAGACUAACAGAAAUGUCUUAAUGAAAUUUACUUGGGACUUUUUUACCCUGAGUUGAGCCUCCAAUGGUGAUUCUCUCAGGCUGUGUACAAUUUCCACCUCCUAUGCUGGGGUCAUUAGACUAUAACCCCGACUGAUGGUGCUAACAUAAACUAUUUUGGAAUUUUUGAACCCAGCUGUGUUUUACAAGUACACAGCUGGGAGGAAUUGCUCCCAAAAAGGCAAAGUUCAGGGUAAAAAAGUCCCAUUCAAAGAGGUUGCUUUUGUCCCGGGGAGCCAUCAGUAAUGAAACACAAGUAAACAAAAUGUUUAGCUUUCAAAUGCAUUGAGCUAAUUUCCACUCAGGUGUUAUGCAUCACUUUAUACCAGUGAUAACCCGUGCUCUCCCUUACUUCAACUAAAAAGUGUGGUAACAUGAUCCUGUCUCUCUGGGACCGGAGCUCCUGACAUCUGAAGAUCUUUUUUUUUUUUUUUAAUGUGAACUCAGUUUUGUAGCUCUUACCACUCUUUCAAGUGGUGUCGGGUUUGUGGUGUCACUAUUUUACAAUGUAAGCAAACUGACCGCAGCUGUGGAUUGAAAACAUACAAAUUCUUUGGUGAAUGAUUCUCUGACCUAGAUGAUUGUGCAUUUGGAAGGCUGGGGCACGAUUUGUCAGUAAACUUUAUUUUAUAUAGGUCUUGCCCCGAUAAAGCAUUGCUGAAAUGGUAAUUUAGAAAUACUAUGAUUUUUUCAAAAGUUGUAGGAAACUCACAUCCGACAUCACUUAAAAGCUCUAUUAGAUCACCAAACCUACAGGGAAAACAGGACAUGACAUCAGGCAGACUCCAACAUUAGCACUUCACCUGGAUCUAAUGAGGACACGACAGCUGGACUCAACAUGUGUGAUUCUGCCCGAGUGUGUGUGUGAGUGUGUGUCUGUAUGUGUGAGCACCUCUGAGUUAUCAUCAAUUACAUAUGUGAGUGAAGGUGAUUCUUUUAUGUGUAGCCUUGGGGGAUUGUUCCAUAAACAGUUGUGCUGGGGUCACUGGUUCAAAUGACAGAAUGACAGAAACCUGUGCAGAGAGACCUCUGUCAAACACACACAUACACACAUACACACACAUACACGCAUACACACACCUUGGUGCUUCAUCAGUGAGGUAAGAAAACAUCUGUCAUGGUUAAAGGCUGGAAAAUAAACCUAAUGCUGUUAGCCCCUCACAUACACAGAAAACGGUGUCUGCCUUCAUCCCCUUAACUGUUAAGUUGCACAAUUUCUGUUUCAUCAGUGGCCCAAAGUCACUGUUCUGGUGUUAUUAUCUGUGGUGCUAUUAGUCUCAGUGUUUUAGCCCCUUCCCAUGUUGUUUAAAGAAGAUAUUUUUACCUGAGGAUACAAAACUCAGUACUGUUGUAGGAGCUCCUUCAAUAAAGGUUGCUACACCAAA